AGACACGAUGCUGCCUCCCAUGGCCCUCCCCAGCAUGUCCUGGAUGCUGCUUUCCUGCCUGAUGUUCCUGGCUCGGGUCCAAGGUGAAGACUUCCAGAAGGAUGUGCCCACUCCACGGAUCAGCUGUCCCAAAGGCUCCAAGGCUUAUGCCGCCCACUGCUAUGCCUUGUUUAUGACACCAAAAUCCUGGAUGGAUGCAGAUAUGGCCUGCCAGAAGAGGCCCUCGGGACACCUUGUGUCUGUGCUCAGUGGGUCUGAAGCAUCCUUUGUGGCCUCCCUAGUCAAGAACAGUGUGAACACCUACUCAAAUAUCUGGAUUGGGCUCCAUGACCCCACAGAGGGCUAUGAGCCCAGUGCAGGUGGAUGGGAGUGGAGUAGCAAUGAUCUGCUGAAUUACUUGGCCUGGGAAAGAGACCCCUCCACUGUCACAAACCCUGGCCAUUGUGGGACUCUGUCAAGUAGCACAGGAUAUCUGAAAUGGACAGAUUACAACUGUGGUACGAAGCUACCCUAUGUCUGCAAGUUCAAGGACUAGGUCUGGGGAGACAUGAGGAACCUGAAUUUUGCAUGCAACUCAUCAUGGACAUGGGACCAAGUGUGAAGACCCACCCUGGAAGGGAAUAAUUUCAAACCUCACCACUUCAUUCUGACCUUUCUUCCUGCUUGCUCAUUUAUCUUCAUGUUCUUUUGU